AUCACUGUUUAAGAAAUUAGCAAAAUAAACGUAACAAACAAAUGAAAAUUAUUACUAAAAUUUGCAAAAUUUAGUUAUUAUAGAAACAAAAACAAACCGACAACGAAUUGAAAUAUAAAACGAUACGAAGAAAUCAACUUUUGCAACAUACAUACGUAUAUAAAUUUAAACAAAAAAUUAAACUGCCUGAAAAUUUAUGUGAAAAAAGACACAAAAAUAAAAAAUGAGUUACACAUCUAAUGGGGCCAUACCAAAAGAAAAUAAGAGUAGUGCUGGUGGUAGUGGUGUCGCUGGUUGCAGCGGUAUAUCAAAUAUGAACGCAGCCCUCAAUCGCCAUGCUCCAGGCGAACGCAUUACUCUACUUGUAGACAAUGUACGAUUCAUGAUCGAAAAAGACUUAAUGACUGCCCAUCCCAACACUAUGUUGGGUACUAUGUUCAGCACUGGCUUCCAAUUUGUACACCCCAACGAACGGGGCGAGUAUGAGGUGGCCGAUGGUAUAUCACAUACUUUGUUUCGUGCAAUAUUGGACUACUACAAGACGGGUCUUAUUAAGUGCCCACCCACCAUUUCAGUGCCCGAGCUGAAAGAGGCCUGUGAUUAUUUACUGAUACCCUUCGAUGCCACCACGGUGAGAUGUCAGAAUUUAAGAGGACUACUGCAUGAGUUAAGCAACGAAGGGGCAAGACAACAAUUUGAAAUAUUUCUCGAGGAGUUUAUUUUGCCCGUUAUGGUGACGGCCGCUCAAAGAGGAGACCGAGAAUGUCAUGUUGUGGUACUACUCGACGAUGAUGUGGUCGAUUGGGACGAAGAAUUUCCACCCCAGAUGGGUGAAGAAUAUUGCCAGACCAUACACAGCACUACCAUGCAUCGUUUCUUUAAGUACAUCGAAAAUCGAGAUGUGGCCAAGCAAGUGAUGAAAGAUCGUGGCCUCAAGAAGAUACGUUGUGGCAUUGAAGGCUACCCAACACAUAAGGAGAAGAUAAGACGACGUCCAGGAGGUCGUGCCGAAGUAAUCUACAGUUAUGUACAGAGGCCUUUCAUACACAUGUCCUGGGAAAAGGAAGAAGCCAAAAGUCGUCAUGUCGACUUUCAGUGUGUCAAAUCGAAAUCUGUGACAAAUUUGGCCGAAGCAACUGCCGAUCCUCCACUGGAACUAGAUGCUAGUGGAAAUCCCGUACCGCCAACCGAGAAUAGAGCCGAAAAUCAUGUGCCCUUCCGCGCCGAUGCGGAUGCUAAUGCGGCCGACUUGGCCGAUAUCAACAAUGCGGCAAAUGGUGGGGGUGGUGGUGGUGGGGCUGCUGCUGCCGCUGCCGUAGCUGUUGACGAAGCUGCCGAUGGUGUUAUUAUGUUAAAUGAAUUAGAACAAGCUGCUGGCGGUGCUAAUGAAGAAAAUGCUUAAAAUAUCAACACAAAAUGAUCAUGAUGCAUUUAUAUACACAUAUUUGUACUAGUAUACGAAUAAAUUACAUACGUAGAUAUCCGUAUAAGUCAAGCACAACAAAUAAUGUUUGAUAUUGUAAUGCUACUCCUGAUCCCAUUUUUAUCCAUCUCCCUAGUCCCAGUUCCUUUCCAUGAAUAAUCUAUAGAAUAUCAAUCAUUAACCAGUAUUUAAAUAACCAUCACUUUAUAAUGCAAUAAAUUGCUUUAAAACAUUUCAUACUUAUUUAAUAAAAAAACUAAA